UUUCUGGUAGAGCCGCAACAACCCAUUUGGUGAGAGCAGGGGGCGUAGCCCCAUGAGCCGGAACCAAUGGGGAGGGAGUCUGGGGCGCCGGCCCCGCCCCCGGCAUGACGCAAGGCUCCGGGACAGAGGCUUCGCAGCCCGGGCCCCAGUCCCUGCAGUGGCUGUAACAAAACCCAGACCCCCAGGUCCCGGCCAAUGGAGGCGAUUUAGACUGGAGUGGGACCGCGUCUGUCAAAAGCCCGACUCAGCAGCAGCGGCGGAGUCCAAGAGGAGAGCUGGAGCCGCCGCGCUGCCUCCCCGCCCCCGCCGGGAUUUAUUAUUUGGACUGGACAAUUAAGUGGCCCUGAUGAUGUUACCAAGCCCGGUCACCUCCACCCCUUUCUCAGUCAAAGACAUUUUGAAUCUGGAGCAGCAGCAGCAGCACUUCCAUGGUGCGCACUUGCAGGCGGACUUGGAGCACCAUUUCCACUCAGCGCCCUGCAUGCUGGCCGCAGCUGAGGGGACGCAAUUUUCUGACGGAGGGGAGGAGGACGAGGAGGAAGAGGGCGAGAAAUUGUCCUAUUUGAACUCACUAGCUGCAGCCGACGGCCACAGGGAUUCAGGGCUGUGUACCCAGGGCUAUGUCCACACGGUCCUGCGAGACUCAUGCAGCGGGCCCAAGGAACAUGAAGAGGAGCCCGAGGUCGUGAGGGACCGGAGCCAAAAAAGCUGCCAGCUGAAGAAGCCUCUAGAGGCGGCCGGAGACUGCAAGGCGGCGGAGGAGAGCGAAAGGCCGAAGCCACGCAGCCGCCGGAAGCCUCGGGUCCUCUUCUCGCAAGCCCAGGUCUUCGAGCUGGAACGCAGGUUCAAGCAGCAGCGGUACCUGUCGGCGCCCGAGCGCGAGCACCUCGCCAGCAGCCUGAAGCUCACGUCCACGCAGGUGAAAAUCUGGUUCCAGAAUCGCAGGUACAAGUGCAAGAGACAGCGGCAGGACAAGUCUCUGGAGCUGGGCGCACACCCGGCCCCGCCGCCGCCCCGCCGCGUGGCGGUCCCGGUGCUGGUGCGGGACGGCAAGCCGUGCGUCACGCCCAGCGCGCAGGCCUAUGGCGCACCCUACAGCGUGGGCGCGAGCGCCUACUCCUACAACAGCUUCCCCGCCUACGGCUACGGGAACUCGGCUGCGGCCGCCGCGGCCGCAGCUGCCGCCGCCGCGGCCGCCGCGGCCUACAGCGGCAGCUAUGGCUGUGCGUACCCGGCGGGCGGCGGCAGUGGCAGUGGGACCUCCGCGGCGACCACUGCCAUGCAGCCCGCCUGCAGCGCAGCCGGAGGCGGCCCCUUUGUGAAUGUGAGCAAUCUAGGAGGCUUCGGCGGCGGCGGUGGCGCACAGCCUUUGCACCAGGGUGCUGCAGCCGGGGCCGCGUGCGCUCAGGGCACCUUGCAGGGCAUCCGGGCCUGGUAGGGACUGGGCGGGUCACGCGACAGGCACCCCAGCGCAGCCUGGCGCCGCGGGACUGAAGCGCGAGAAGGGCCGGACCUAAGGGUCAGGUCCCCUCGUUAAAAAAAAAAAAAAACAUAUACUUCUCGCUCCUCAGGGCUUCGGAUUGCAGCUCACUCGAGGCCUAGGGAAGGGGGCUCAGGGGCGAGGAGGAUGCCCGGGUCUAUUCGCCAGGACUGUCUCUGAGGCAGAAACGCGGGCUGGGCGCCGGGGAGGACGAUGGCCCCGAUCUUGGCAGCGAGGGGAGUGCAGGAGGCUAGAACCCUGGCCGCGUUUGGCUCUUCCAAAGCGAGAAGGGCUUCUCUCCCUCGGCCUUUCUGCGGACUUGGCGAAGCGUUGUCGGGGAGCCCAAGGACAGAACAAAUUAAAAGCAUGAAGGAGAGAAAAAUAGGGGUCGUGGCUUGAGAAAUCCCAGGCCCUACCUAUCGUCUGCCACCUUUGCGGGCCUGGAGCGCCAUAGCACAGUCGAUUUCAUUUCCCAGCUGCCUCCCCUCCGCAGCAGAUACCUCGGUCCAGAUCUCCGGAUUGUCGGAUUGUCGGGGGACUCGGGACUCUUCGAGGAAAACCAGCCAACUGAGAUCAAAAGUUGGGGCGGGGAGGCUGAACAAAUAACAGGACCUGGUGGCCCACCGGAGGUGUUACCGGGUUUCCUUUCUGUUUCGUAUUCUAUAUUCAGCACAUAUUAUCUAUCUAUAUAACUAUAACCACACGCCGUGUACACACCCGCUGCCACACACUACAGGAGUCAAUAAACAAGGUGCAAUAUUUUCAUACCGUUGGCCGGCUACAG